UUUCUCCGCCCCCCGGUCGUCGAACCCAAGUUAACUAAACAAGCCCAGGCCAGGCUGCCCAGCAAGCACUUCGUCUCCUAUGUGUUGAUCUCGUCACAAACCCUUUCUCUUCAGCAAACGCCACCCGCAUCAGUCGCGGCGCCUGGCAUCGUCGGCAUCAUGGCUGCUCUGAGGCCAGAAGUUGGUGACAUUCUCCUCGUCAUACACGACUUCAUUGCUCGCAGCUCCGACGAAUUGAGCUUAGCCAAGGGCGACCGAGUCGAGUUGAUUGAACGAGAUGAUGAAUUUGGCGAUGGAUGGUUUCUGGGCAAACACCUGGUCAACGGCAACAGCGGCCUUUUCCCCGAAGGCAAACCAGCUCCUAAGACCGCUCCUACGAACAACUUUUCGAAACCGUUAGCUACACUACCCGAGGUGACCAACGAGUCUAAACAUACAUCCCUUACGACCGCCCCAGUCGAUGACAAGAUUGCCGCAUCCGCCCCCCCUACUCAACCGACUCCUUCGGUCACACUACCCUUGAACAAUUUGAAGCAGGAGAUACCCCCGAGUGAGAAUGCGCCGCCUGUUGCGAACCCGGCUCUGGCCUCUCUAGGCCGUUUGAACACGAACCAAGAUCAUGUUUUGAACGAAACGCUCAACGUCAUUGACGAGCACAUUACCGAUUUACGCUCUACGCCUAGCACAAGCGGGCUGCGCGCCCCUACCGACUCCGGAAGCGAGUACAGCGCCAAUCUUGAUAACCGGUUAUCCUAUAUUCAUGGCGAAGAGACGGAUGAAGAAGAGGAGGGCAUCCACAGCCGGGCCGAAGUGGAGUCGUGGUCGGCCGAUCAAGUAGCCGAGUAUUUGUUUACGGUCGGUGUUGAGAAAUCGCACUGCGAAGUCUUCCGAGACCAAGAGAUUAGUGGCGAGGUCUUGUUGGGUAUGGACCAGAGCUCGCUGUUCAUCAAGGCUUUCGAGCUGGGUUCCGUCGGUAGGAGACUCAAGACGUGGCAGAAGAUUAAGAGCCUGCAAGACGAAUGUAACAAUGUGGGCAUCGCCACCAGACGCACCACACAGACGUACGGCAGCGACGUCGGAUCGGAAGAUGCGAAGCGCUCACGGAGCCGCACAAACACCCUGACGGGUUCUGUCCCCAGGAUGACGCCGGUUGAAGACAGGACCAUGUCGCUCACAGGCAAACGCCUCUCCUUUUCCCAAACCCCUAAAUUGGAUACUGCUUCUCUGGUAUCACCGGUUUCCCCCAUCACAGAUAGUCCUACAAGACCUAGUCACCUGAAGCGACCGUCGGCCGCCUCUGUCCGAGAUUUGCAUCAUUCCCGCCGACACUCGUCAUCUACCGAUUUCCGUUUGACUGGGACCACAAUGGGAAAUGCAGCCACGCCGAAACUAGUCACCAGUGGAACGUUUCCCCAGUCAGAUGGCCCUCAUAAGAAGCAACCCUCCUUUGACAGGAACUGGACGCUCGGCAGCGCCUCCCAGAGACCGCUUUCUUCUACCGGACUUCAAGACAUAAUGCAGCAAUCUGGUCUCCACGCUCCGGAGUCCGCCAUCGACACCGACCGCGGAUACUUCAGCGGCACUGACGUCGACGGCCGACGCCGAAACGUGCUUAAGAAGCGUGACAGCACCGCAAGUCACUCCAAGAAGCACAGCUAUGCCGAAGAACAGCGCGUCCGUAGCGCAACCGCCAUUUCUAGGCACUCUAGGUUUGGCAGCGUUGACUCAACACGCGAGGGAGGCGCCUCGCCGGCUGCACAGAAGUAUUACGGCCUGCAGACGAACCCUCAUAGAAGGACUGCUUCGACAAGCACCACUCAGUCUGUUCGAACAGCUCCUCCGAUUAAAGAUACCGGAGCACCCAGCGUCACGAAGCUCGACGGUGCCACUCGCAACUCACCGGUACCCCAGUCUCCGGCAACACGACAAGGUAUCCCUUCAGAGUGGUUGUCUGCUGUGGUUAAGCCAUCAGUGAAGGUUGCUGGGCUUCGGGCCAUCUCCGAUUCGGUUUCAGGAGACCGCAACAAAAUGAGCUCCCCGGUUGACUCCCACUCUCCACUCAAGGAUUCUCCCAUGCAUUCUCCUGCAAGAACAGGAUCAAGUACGCCAUCCGCCGGACCCAGUUUUGAGCUAGACUCUCCCGACACUGCCAAGAGCCCCAGCACCGCGACCACCGUGGCCAGCAAGGGCAGCAAAAAGAAAGGCAAGAAGGAGACUAGUGCAUACCAGCGUGGGCUGCAAAAGGUCAGCCCAGCGGAGGCUAUGAAGGAUGCAGAUUACAGCGGCUGGAUGCGGAAGAAGAGUUCCAACUUGAUGACGACCUGGAAACCCCGAUUGUUUGUGCUCAAAGGCCGUCGCCUAGCAUACUACUAUUCGGAAAACGACGACCAGGAAAAAGGACUCAUUGAUAUAUCCUUUCAUCGUGUUCUCCCUGCCGACAACGAGCGUUUGACUGGUCUGCAUGCCACCCUCACCGGCGCAGGAACAGCAGCAGCACGUGAAGCAGACGCAUCGGGAGAGAAGGGCGAUGAUGCAAUGUUCAUCUUCAAACUUGUCCCCCCCAGAGCAGGUCUGUCUCGUGCCGUCAACUUUACGAAACCAACUGUCCAUUAUUUUGCUGUCCCCAGCCUCAAACAAGGUAGACUCUGGAUGGCAGCCCUAAUGAAGGCAACUAUCGACCGAGACGAUACCCAGGCGAUAACAACGACGUAUCAACAAAAGACGAUUUCCCUUGCCAAGGCUAGGCAAAUGCGCCACCGCCCACCUGCUCUGAUGAACCUUGAAGAGAAACCAAGUGAGGGCAAAAGAAUGAAGCCGCAGGGUGUCAAGAAGCACCCCGAUAUUUUUGGCAUCUCAUUUGGCGAAACCGACAGUGGUGUGUCUGGCCUUGAUAAGCCUACUUUCAAGGUUGAACCUGCGAGCGCACAGAAGUUGGGUUUUGAAUCGGAGAAAAACGGCACAGCUGAGGCACCGCCACAAAGUGCUUGA